AUGGGAAGGAGGGUCUGGUUCAUCACGGAUGCGUCAUCCGCUCUCGGACGCUCGAUGACAGAGCAGGUUUUGCGCAGCGGCGACGUCGCCGUCGCGGCGCUGAAUAGGCCGUCGGAGAUAUUCGACCUUGUCGAGAAAUACGGCGCGAAUGUUCUCCUCCCAACGAAACUAGAUGCGUUCGACCGUACGCAGGUGUUCGCCGCGCUCGCAUGUGCCAAGGAGGUUUUCGGACGAAUCGAUGUCGUGUUCAACAACGCGGGGGACGGUGUGUCUGCGCAGGGAGAGCCCUGGUGGGAUGAGGACGAGGAGGACGAGAAUGUCGAUGCAGUGUCGGAUGGCGAGAGCUGGGCGGUAGCGAAUGUCACAUGGGAGGCGGUUCGAUUCUUCCGGGAGGUGAAUUCGCCAAAGGUUGCAGGGACGAUAGUGCAGAUGGCGGCACCGGCACACCACGAGCGUUCGAGUGUGACGGGCGAGCUCUCACGGCUGAUGGAUGCUACCUGGAAUGUCAAGCUGUGGCUCGUCGACGAUGACAUCAACCAAAGAUUAGGUCAGUUCAUGCACUACCAUCUUACCGAACGCUUGUUUGAAGCUGAUGCCUCUCCCAGAAUGCUCGUCUCCUGAGAGUGUCACUUCAAGUCGGGGAGCUGUCGACGACGCAUCAGCGAGGUUGGCAAGCAGAGUACACGCAGCGAUCAGCUCGCCAUCCAGCAAUCCGGUAUCUCCAUCAAGAUGCAUAGGUUCUAUUCCGCUAUUUCGCCCUGGUUCAUCAUGCUUUCAGUACCCCUUCUAAACGGGUUGGCGCGGGUUCCAGCCCGCUGGAUCCUCG